UUAAAGCCACGAAUAAAUGUCAGUAUGUCAUUGGGCACAACACCCUCUGUUUUCCAAGCAGAGGUGAUGGCGAUACUGGUAGGGGCUCAGAACCUGCUGGUAUACAAAAAUAGGAAGAUAAGUAUCUUAGGUGAUAGUCAAGCGGCUUUGAAAGCACUCUGUAAUGAUCAGGUGAAUUCAAAGCUGGUCCUCGAAUGCAGGGAAACUUUAGAAUCACUAUCGAGGUUCAACAAAGUUACACUAGCGUGGGUACCAGGACACAACGGUGUCACUGGAAAUGAGAAUGCUGACUUUCUAGCCAGGAAAGGAGCAGAGAACACCUAUGUUGGACCAGAACCAGUGGUAGGGCUCACUGAGCAAUCGCUCAAAGCGUUACCCAAGAAUUGGUGCAGAGAACAACACAGGAAAAUCUGGAAGUACUUGGUAGUACCUAGACAAUCUAAAAUUUUUAUCAAGACCCCUGGUUUAUUGCUGGGUGAUCUUAAUAGCAUGACUAGACAUCAAAUAAGCACCCUUACUGGUCUACUAACAGGACAUGGUCACCUGCUUAAGCAUCUUAACGCAAUGGGGGUAUCGGAAUCACCAUUGUGCAGGAAGUGUGGAGUAGAAGAGGAAGACUCAUUUCACAUCAUGUGCGAAUGUGAAGCCUUGUCCACACUAAGAUCAAACUACUUGAAUAAACCAUUUCCUGAAAAAGAGGAUAUUAAAAACCUAAAACCCAGAGAGAUACUUAAUUUCGCCAGAAAGACAGGACUCUUUGGUCAUCUUUAGAGGUGACUUUAUGGUUGGUAAUGUAUUAACACUUUGGUGAUAACACUUAGGUGGGUAAACCGAAUCAAGACAAUUCGGUAUGAGGUGCGCACAAUGGACCAACAGGUCUGAGUGCAUGGGCAUUAUGUCCACCUCAAUAAUAACUAAAACUAAA